AUGGCCGACCAAGUCAGUGUGUUGGACCAACUCGGUCCAGACUUUGAACUGAUCAUAUCGAGUGUUCAACUAUUCGUAGAGAAAAGCUAUCGAAACCUGCGACUUCUAGGACAGUGUCAUCUACAACGUGAAAGCCCUAGCCAACACGUGCUUAUCGAUGCCGAUCCCUUGGACUGGGUCGCGGCUCCCAUAACCACCCAGGUCUCACCCUGUGGAUGCGGACCAGAUCCGAACCGCCUCGUUCAGGGAUACGUGCAGCACGAGGCCUGCUUAGGCGAGGCCUUGCAGGAAGAUACUCGCUCCAGUCGGACUCAGGGAAUAGGAGAGCCCAUGGUUGAUGUCUCACCGCAAUGCAAGAUCCCUCGAGGUGAUGGUGAUGAGCGUGCAGAAUCGGGAGCGCGCAAGCCCUCGGCCAGGGUCGUCCGCGCCCCUUCGAUGCAUGCCCUUCGCCUACCAUACGAACCCAGCAAGUGAGCUGGACGCAAAUGUCUCAAGCAUCAACAAUAGCAGGUUCCGCCACGCGCAGAAAGCGAGCAUCUGUCUCUGCCCGUUCGGCGUCGACUUCUUAAACCUUCUCCCAUGUCUCCCCUCUCCCGCCCUUCCCCGAACCGAUGGCUAUGACCAUGGCCGAGACCGUGAUCCGCAAGGCCUGCGAUCGCUGUCACGCACAGAAGCUCAGUUGCAAGCGCUACAACGACGAGACGUGCGAGCGUU